CAGCAGCCUCUUCGAGGGGAGGUGCUCCGCUAAAACAAUUCCGGGCGGGGCUAGGGGCGGGAGCAGCCGGUUCCGCCCUUUCCCGGCGGCUCCUCCUCCUCCGUCGCAGCAGGACCGGAGCGGCGCCGGGAGAGAGAGACGUUGUCCAGCGAACCCAGUCAUGGACGAGACCUUAGAUGAACCUCCCACUUCUGCUGUCUUCUUGGACAACUGCCACUUCUCCCAGGUUCUCUUUAAUAACGUGGAGAAGUUUUACGUCCCCGGAGGAGACAUAACCUGCUUUUAUACCCUCACGCAACACAUCACGCCUCGCAGAAAGGACUGGGUGGGCAUUUUCCGGGUGGGAUGGAAAACAACCCGCGAAUAUUACACCUUCAUGUGGGCGCCUUUCCCGAGUGACCUCAGCGGUGAUUCUAUUGUGCAGCAGCAAAUUCAGUUUCGAGCCUACUACCUGCCAAAAGAUGACGAAUAUUACCAGUUCUGUUACGUUGAUGAGGAGGGGGUGGUCCGUGGAGCCAGUGUACCUUUCCAGUUCCGGGCAGAGACAGAGGAUGAUAUCCUGGUGGUUACUACACAGGGAGAAGUGGAGGAGAUUGAGCAACAAAACAAGGAUUUAGUUAAAGAAAACAAGGAACUGAAGGAAAGCUGCCUGUGUCUCCAGAAACAGAACCUGGGUCUGCAGGAGGAGCUCCGGCUGGCACAGGAGAAGAUGAAGGAGCUAGAGGGAGAAGUCUGUUUCUUGCAGACUGGGAACUUGGAGCUGCGGAGAGCUCAGGAGCUACAGGCCGGAGAGAUGAGCUCUGCCCAGAUGAAUUUGGCUUCAAUUAGGGAACAGAACAUAAAACUUGGAAAGGAAAAUCAGGAGCUGCAGAAAGGACUGGAGUCUCUGAAGAGCAGCUGUGAGAAACUGGAGCUGGAAGGAAAUUUCCUGAAAGAGGAGAACAAGAGGCUGACGGAGCAGAAUGGCUGCAGAGAGAGGGAGCUGCAGCAAUUCAAAGAACACAACCAAGAGGUGUCAUCUGAAAAGGAACAGCUAGAAAGCAGAUUGAAAACUACCCUGGAUCACAUGGACCAGCUGCAGUCCCAGGUGUUGAAUCAAGAGAAGGAAAUGGAAAACCUGGUUCGGAUGGACCAUGACAAGACUGAGCAGCUGGGGCAUUUGAAGGAGGAGAAUCGUCGGUUACGCAGUACUUUGACUGAACAGGUAGAGCAGAAAGAGAAGCUGGAAAAGUGUCUGGAGGAUCUGAAGGUGACAGAGGCCAGCAUGGCUCUUCAUCUGCAACAUAAGCAGCAUCAAAACCGUGAUCUAGCAAAGGAACUCGAGGAGAAGAACCAUUUGUUUCAGCUUCUUCAGCGGAAACAGGAUGAAAUUGAGGAGAAAAAUCUGAGACUAAGGCAAGAGAACAACGAGUUGCUGAUGCGCCUCUCUGAGAGCCCAGAUUAUUCUGCCCGGGUUGCUGUCCCGUCGGCGCAAGUUCCAACUCGGCCUCCAGAAAGUGCAGACCUUUUGUUUGGGAACCCGUACUAUAACUCCCUAGAAACAAGUGCUGUGAACAUGCCCUCUGUGAAGAAAUGCCCCCUGUGUCAUGAGGUCUUUCCUGAUGACAUUGGGCCACGUCAGUACGAGGACCAUGUGCGAAGCCACAUUCUGGAUUGCCCGUUCUGUGACGAGACCUUUGAGGAUAAGCAGGUGUAUGAUGAUCAUGUGUACUGCCACAGCCUGGAAUAAUUCUUCAUUCUGCUUUGUGCUGUAUAGCAGG